GUGUAACUACGCUGGCGUACGGCGUUGACAUUUUUUUUUGGUGAAUGAGUAUGUUUAUCGAACCAGUUACGUAAAAAUCUGUAUCCAAUUAUAAAGUUCAAUACAGAAUUAGUCAUUUUGGAAGUAGCGAUAAGUUUGCAGGAGUUGUCGAGUGUUUGAACUAAUCUCGAAACGUGCGUUUACCAUCUCGAAAUCAAGCGGCACAUUACAUGGCGUCCUAUGAGAUUCGUAUACGAUUUGCUUUCUAUACAGUUACAUUCUUGGCAGUUGGUGUUUAGUUAACGGACACGGAAUGCGAAUGGCUGAAGAGAAGGAAAUAGAGAAAUAGAGAAAUAGAAAAAAAGAAGAAGAGAACGGUCGAAUACGUAUAUCUGUAGGUAAAAGAGGAAGCAAGGUACAGAUAAAUUACUCGUUCUUCCGUAACUAAACGGCGGGGGCUUGUUGCGUUUACGUGGGGGCGAAUACAGCUAAGAAAAAGGGCGUGGAAAGAUUAAACGAGUUAAUAGGCAGAACGUAUACACAUACGCUAAAGACACUAUGGGUAAGACGCCAAAGAAGGCGGCCCCUGGGGGCGAUGAGAGGAAUUUGAACAAUUGGAGAGUCAAGGCAACGACCGAUUCUUCUGAAACUAGCUUGCCCAAGAGACAGCGCGAAUCCGAGAUUUCGAACAGAUCUAAAUUGAGUACUGUACAGAAAAAAAUACCUCCUGGACAAAGAAAAAACUUCAAAAGUGUAGCAUCAAAAUCUGAGGAGAAUCAGUCUACAAAACAGAAAAGCAAACUGCCUGGCCCAUCCAAAGAAAAGAAACUAACUGUUCCUGGUAAAAGCGUGGAAUUGAAGGUCCCAAAAACCAUGCAACCAGAAUCAGAGGAAACAGAGGCAAAGCUUAAUCCAACCAUAGAAACGGAAAACGAGAAGAAAGAGGAUUCUGUGGAUAAUCAAGAAUCUGCCAAAGAGUGUAUUGAUCAUGCUCCUUCAAAGGAACAAGAGCCUGUUUCUAAGGAAAAAGAAGAAGACUCGACGGAUAAGGAAACUAUCGUUGAAAAAGAGCAGACGGUAUGCGUUAACGCAAACAAUGUAGACAAAAGUAAAGAAGUCGAGGAUGCCGAUGAGAGCGAUUUAAAAUUGAGCCUCGAGGUCGAGGAUACUUUAAAAGUACAGGAAGACAAGCCAAACGAUAAAGAUAUAAAAGACGAGCACACAGAAGAAUGUUCUCCACCAUCGAAGAACGAUGCGAUUGAUAAAGAAGACUUGCAGAGCGAAUCUCAAACAGACACAGAGAGUUAUUCGGUUUUAGAAUCAACGACAUCGGAAGUAUCCGAGGUAUCUGAAAUCGCGUCUCAAAAUGAUCCUGAGAAAGAGAAGAGGGAGAAAAUCGUUAAGGAUACAACUAAGGAUACCACCAAGGAUCUCACCAAGGAUACUUCGUUCGUUUCGUACGAUCCUUCGAUAAUGCUGAAGGAUGUACAAAUUAAACUAAACGAUUGCUUAAAGGAGAACUCAAAAUUAUUUGAUACGAGUACCAUCGAGCACAGUUCCCCGAGUCAGCCGUCGAAGGAGUCUUUUGGAAAAACACUGAGAAGCAUUUCUGGUAGACGUUCCUUGAACAGAAUGCGUUUCGUUACGAUGCGAGAGCACAGAUACUCCCCUAAUGAUUCACUGUUUGUUAACACGUCCACCGCGUCCAUGCCAACGGAUGAUACGUCGGAUUUUAAGAUUCUACGUUACAGCACUGGUUUAUCAGAUGUUCUGUCCACGACUAACGGUAGCCCGACUGAAAGAAAACGCAAACACGAUACCGAAGAUUGGAAUACCAUGAAAAAACAGAGAACAGAAAGCGAGCAAAGUUUACUGCAUACUUCUAUCGACCUUCUGAAAGGCUUACGCAGGCCAAUACAAGUAUCUACUCCAGUUUCGGAGCUUAAGUUCCAGUCUGGAAAACUGAAUCUGGGAAACGAGCAAGAGUCUAAGGAAGCCAACGAGGCUACGAAGAAGUGGUGCGCCAUCAUGUAAAUCACUAUCGAAUCACACACGAUUUUCAUCUACAAAACAGAGUUCUUAUAUAUUUUUGCACACGAGGAAAACCGUUCGUGUGAUAUCACGCGCUCCAACGAACGAAAACCCAAGUAAAAAGCGUUCAUUUUAAACUACUGGUUGGUAUUCGUUAAUGCGGGUCUCUGUUUCGUUGGAUUUUCGGGAACGUAUCAAUGGCAUUUGUAACAUUUUUCAACACAUUUCUAUUCUUAUACGACACAUACCGUGCAAUUUCAUACUACACAGAGGCUCACGAAAAUAAGCAUUGUACUCUUGAUCUGUUCAAAGUUUUUAAACUCUUGACUAUGCCUAGAAUAUUAUACACUGUAUCUGAUAGUUGUCAGUAGCGAUUGAGUUUAUUUUAUACGAAAUGUAAUUAUAGAGAGAGCGUAACGACGAUAGAAACCACUUUGUUUAAUCGAUAAGGUACACGUUUCAUUCAAUCACUCGGUAGAGUUUAUGAUUACCCGUUUGAUCGUUCACUCGACGGGCUAUGCUUUUCAAAUAUUCUAGUAAUCAGUUCAAAUUACCGAGCUCGAGAACAAAUUACUUUUACUUUUUAAUUUAUAUCGUUUGCAUUUGUCUGGAAUACGUUGCAAGGAGGAAUACUUCUGAUAUUUAUAAGGUACCUAUGUUAUUUUCUUGCUGACGCAACGUAAACCUUAGUCCUUUAGCAUAUUUUUUACAGUAGAUUAUAAAUUUAUGUUUCAGUAUACUUAGACAAAUCAGAACUACGAGGGUAUUGUAAAGAUGAUGUUUACCCUAUGCGAUUGUUUGCCAACACAUCUUUUAUGUUGAAAAGCAUUUAAUACCGUCGGAGAAGUAACUCUUGUAUAUUGUUAAAUUAUACACAACAAUUACUGUGAACACGUUUGCAUUUUUGGUAGUUGAAACAUUUACCUCUUUAUCUAUCUGAUUCUACAGAGAUGUCUGUAGGUGUUUUUUAAGGACUGACAAUACGUUUCUUAGCGGCGAUGACCUGGAAAGAGGUAUUCACACUGUUCGUAACAGUAUUUAUGUAGGGUAAAUCGUUACGAAGUAGCUUGUAUUAUCUACGGUGUCCCGUAACACGAACUACUUGGUAGUGCUUCGUGAACCGUUCAUAGUUUGUCCUCGUUUUUCAUUUGUAUAAGUAAGUCUGUUUCCUGGCGAUCUCUGUAUCUACUUACCUUCGCAAAGUAUGUAAUGUAUCUAUGACACGACUACCUUGUAUCUCAAUGAAAUAUGUUUCUUAAUAGGUUUAAGUUAAUUGAACGUUCACUCUAGAAAAACAGGUUUAUCGCGAAGGUAAACGGAGGUAAAAGACCUCUAUUUUUGAAGUAGUUUUCAAAGUGAUACGGGACACCAUGCGUAUCUAACAGUUUGUAACAUUGAACGACUAAACGCGGUCUACCGAUAAAAUUCAAUGUUCAGAGCUCAUUAUACCAAACGUUUUUCUUUUACUUUUGAAACUCGAAUUAAAAUUAAGAAUUUAGAGUUGAUACACAGGUUUCACGGUAGACGGUUCGACGCGAUUUCGAAAGAAAUCCCGUACGAUUGCCAAAUUAGUCGCACUCGACGUCUAUCGUAAGGGAGAAAAAUCAAAGUGUAUUUAUUAAGCUAGAUGUACAUACAAUAGAAAGCUCGACGAAUCUGUCGAGUGAUUUCACCCUCGCGUUGUUCUACUCGAUUCACUGUUUAUUUUUACCAAGCUGCGUUUUAAUCUCUCCCAGGGCGUUUCUGCUCGACUAGGAUUCAUCAUCCAAGUUAAACGUUACCCUCUCGUGUACUUUUGUACUUGUGACAAGCGGAGAGAGAGAGAGAGACAGUUGAAACGAUGUAUGAAUUAUGUAUAUAGAAAAAGAUUUAUAAUAAAUCCUUUGAAAUUCAAA